AUGAGCGUGAUCCAAGCGGGGAAAGAGGCGGACAAGAACGGGCUGCACGAGAAUAGCGUAGUUUCCCCGCGGCUCCAGGCUCCCAGCGCGCAGCCUCCACUCAUCAGCAGCCGGACUAAAGAUGCGCGAUCCUCCCAGCUUCAGCAGCAGAGGCACCACGGAGGCUCCAUGGUCAAACAGCCCUCCUGCAACGAGCCCGCGGAUGUGGUGCGGCGGGCGCUGGACUUCAAGAGCGAGGGUACCCAGUGUUACAAGGAUAAGAAAUACCGAGAGGCGAUAGGCAAGUACCAUCGCGCUCUGCUGGAGAUCAAGGGGCUGUGCAGGGUGCUGGGGGACCCGGACACUGGCCCCAAGUCCCCGUCCCUGCUGCUCACCGCCUUCUCCAAGUCCAACAACACUCUGACGGAUGAGCAGAAAGGCGCCAUGGAGAAUGCGGAGCUGGAGUGUUACAACAGUCUGGCAGCGUGCCUGCUGCAGAUGGAGCUGGUGAACUACGAGCGCGUCAAAGAAUACUGCCUCAAAGUGCUUCACAAAGAGGGGAAGAACUUCAAAGCCCUGUACCGAUCCGGAGUGGCCUACUAUCACCUUGGCGACUACCAGAAGGCCCUGCACUACCUGAAGGAGUCACACAACCAGGAACCAUCAGACACCAACGUGACCCGCUACAUCCAGUUAACCGAGAUGAAGAUUCGCCGUCACGCUCAGAGGGAGAAGGAGGCCACAUAA